AGGUUGGUAGUGUUCGAGAAGCACAUCGCAUGACUGUCUUGGCGAAGAAUGUCAUGGACUCGGCGAUGAGUUGUCUGGUCUUUGCCAUCGCCACCCGAGAGAACUUCUGGGAAUCCAGCCUGGUCUUGGACGCCAACAAAGAGACCAUGUAUUCGGACUUGUUGUACCACUGGGCGUUUUGCGCCACUUGCGUGACCAUUUGUUCUGGAUCCAUGGCAGAGCGCACGCACAUCAUCGGAUACCUGACCCAUGCAGCUCUGAUGGCUGGUUUGAUCUUCCCGCCCGUAGCUGAAGCAGUCUGGGGUUCAGGAGGUCUUCUGCGUCCUUUCUUCGUGAAUGCCGUG